AGCAGGAAAAGAAAUUUAGAAAAAGCUUAACCUUACUCUUAUCUCUCUUUCUGUCUCUGUGUGUGUCAUUUGAAACGCCAUUUUCGUUUUGGGUAAUUUGUUUUCUUUUCUUUUGGUAAUUUUUGAAACGCCAUUUUCAAUGCUGCAAUAUAUAACAAAUUAAGCCUAAAACGAAGUGCAAAAGCUGUCUUUAUCUCACGUUCCGUCAUUCUCUUGCACCCACUAUAAAACCCAUCUCUCAAAACCCUAAAAUAUAAGCCAAGCGAUCUUUAUUUCUCUUCCUCUUUGUCUAUCUGUCUCUCUAUCUUUUUCACUAUACCAUGGAAGCUCUGUACUUCCUCAAGUUCUGGAGACCCACCACCCACAACAACAGCAGCAACAAAGAUCACCAACCACGACCCUCUAGUGGUGGUAAUAGUGACACCACCGAGAUUGCAACUAGUGUGGUCGACACAACAACAGAUGAUGAUUAUGAGUUUGAUGAAGAAGAGGACUCUUUCUUUGAAUUGGAGCUUACUGUGCCUGAUCUUGACAACAACAAUAAAUGCAAGACCAAACACAACACCCUCUCUAUAGACAGCACUGAUAGCAACAGAUUUGACUCUAAGGAUCAAUCACUCCGUAGCUUACCCAACAUAGCCGGCAAUUCCGAGCACAAAUUUCCACCACCAACUGUUUCUUUGUCUCCUACUACUACUGAUAACCAUCUCCUUCCUUCUAAAAGAAAGAUCCUUCCCAUUGAACCCAUUUCUAAACAACCUCAAUCUCCUAUCUCUUUACUCAAAUCAGCUCCAAGAUUUCGUGUCCUCAUGUUCAAGAAAUCAAGGUCAAUGGCAGCUCAUGAAACAGAAUUUCUUGAUACUGCGACGAACAGCAAUAAAAAGCAAGAAAGCAAGCUAUUUACUGUUAAGUUCAAGCUCAAAGAAGUUGCUAGUGUCCCUAUUUUCACUAGAGAUAACAGUUUGAGAAAGCAGAUCUCUGAUGAUUCGUUAUCUGAUCAGGAAUCAUCAAAAAGAUUCUCUAAAGAAGUGAUUCAGAAGUACUUGAAAUUAAUCAAACCCUUAUACAUCAAAGUCUCCAAAAAGCAAACCGAAAAGCCCAGAUUUUCAGGCGAGUCAUUAUCAGUGGCGUCUCCGUCAUCUUCUCCGGCGACUGUACUUUGUAGUUCACCAAAGAAAGAGAAACAGGGAACCAUUCCGGCAGGGAUUCGGGUUGUCUGCAAACAUCUUGGAAAGAGUAAAUCUGAAUCGGCAUCCACCGUAGCUCCACCGUCGACGGUGUCUAGGAGAGAUGAUUCGCUGCUCCUGCAACACGAUGGUAUCCAAAGUGCCAUCCUGCAUUGCAAGAAAUCUUUUAACUCUAGUUCCAGAGAUUCUUCACUUUUGUCACGAUUUGCAAGUGAUCCUUUGCACGAAAGAUUAGUGGCUUCACCGAGAAUUUCGUACGAAGAGAAGGGAAUUAGAAUAUGAAAGCUCAACAAAGAAAAAGAAAAAGAAAAAAGCGGGAAAUUUCCUGAUAAUGAAAUUGAAAUUGAAAUGGAUGAUACAAAGAAAAGAAAUUGAAUAGAGGCUCUGUUUUGUUUUAUUGUAAAAAGAUAGAAAAGAAAAUGAUUUAAAAAGGACAGAAAGAAUCAAAGGAGGUAGAUUAGAUUAGUUUUUGAUCUGAUGGUAAGUAAGGACAGUAGAUUUGUCUGUAAAGUUGAUGGGUCAUCAUUAGAAACUUGAAAAUGAGUUUGAUAUAUAAGACCUUUUUGUGUAUGUGUAUCUAUUCCCA